AUGGACAUUUGUGGGCCGACACCAGUGCUUUGUGUUGGGGACAUCCGGUACUUCGCCACGUUUUUGGACGACUACAGCAAGCUCUCGGUCGUAGUUUUCUCUGAAGCAAAAGAGGGAAGUGGCCAAGUGUUCGGGGGCAAGGGGACGGUGCACGAGAACACCGCCUGGUACACGAGCGAGGAGAACGGGUCCGCGGAACGGCUCAUUUGA